ACUUCAUCCAGUGAGGAUGGCUCCAUGAGCUGGGCAAACGCCUGGAGAUGCCCUACGUCAACAACACGGUCUGCGGCCCGUCGGUGCGCAGCUCGUACAUCGCCGCCCUCAGCAGCGUCGGCGUUGGCAACGUGUGCGCCAACACGGACGCCGAGAAGAUCUUCUCCAUCUGCACCAUGCUCAUCGGCGGUAUGCCGGAUGCCUUGUCCGCAUGGAGCUGGAGGGGGCGUGGCCUCCAGCUCCGGCUGAAAAUCGGGAGAUUUUCGGGAGAAUAUUUGGGAGAGGCGCUGAAUUUCGGGAGUCUCCCGGAAAAUUCGGGAGGGUUGGCAAGUAUGUGCUGAUUGAGUGUUCAUUUAUCCAUCUAGCCUAUUUCUAUUAAUUUGUCCAUCAGUGAAAUAUUUUUAAAGACUACUCCAAUUGUUUAGCUGACUAUUUAUAUCUGUGUGUGGCAUUGCAUUAGUGUUUUACGAGAAUAAAUAAAUACAAACAGAAUAAUGCCACAUACACCGUCUGGUGUGUGGUGACAUUUCCAAUGUAGGCGGAAAGGCGGUGUACAUUUGCAAAUACUGUGCAAAGAGCUACGUCAAAAAUGCCACAAAGAUGCAGCAGAAUAUAGACAAGUGCCAUAUCAUUAUUGUAAUUCCCAUAUAUUCCCAUUCAUUCCCAUGGACGCUGUCCAACUUUGAAUAAUUCAAAAAUGGUCAAUAUUUCCAAACUUCCCGAGCUUAACUUCCCGUGGUUCCGGAAAUUUACCGGAAACUUUCCACCCUUUUGCAACCCUAGUAUUGGCCUAUCUUUAUUUUCAUUUUUUCCUACAGUAAACCAAUGAUGACUCACUUGAGUAAGGAGUGAGUUUAGCGUAGAAUCAGCAAACACAUUUCAUAAAGUCACAUGUUUAUUCUCAUAGCAUGUUUAC